AGUUCCCCUCACGUGAAUGGCUACUAAUAUGAGCGACAAGUGCAGCACAGAGGCUGUUUAUUCGUAUGAUUAUGUCGGUAAGGGAGUUGAUCGUAAGGAGCCUAUCUUUGUGAAGGAUGACGAUGAAGAGCUGUACCACUUGGAGCAUUUCCUGGUUCCGCCUCAUUACAAGAACGAUUUGAAGAGGAUUAUGUUGCCAAAGGGGCUCAUUCUGGACCGUACAGAAAAACUGGCUAUGGAUAUUCGUCAAUCUUACGGCGAUACUGAGCUGCAUUUACUGUGUAUUCUCAAAGGCAGUCGUGGGUUCUUCUCUGAACUCGUUGGAUAUCUGAAUCGCAUUCAUAGGUACACGACGAAUAUGCAUCACGCGCCGUAUCAGGAGCACUACGUCAGAAUUAAAAGCUAUCAUAACACAGAAAGCACGGGGAAGUUGAAUGUGAUGGCCGAUGACCUAUCAGUCCUAAAGGAUAAGGACGUACUUAUUGUUGAGGAUAUUGUUGAUACUGGCAAUACUCUGUCCAAGUUCUGUAAGCAUCUGGAAAUGUUCGGGCCCAAGUCCAUCAAGGUUGCUACACUGGUUGAAAAACGAACUUCCAAAGCGUGCGGUUUCAGAGGUGACUUUGUUGGAUUCUCUGUACCAGAUGAUUUCAUCGUUGGUUUCUGUUUGGAUUACAACGAGCACUUCCGUGAUUUGGAGCAUGUUGCGGUACUGACCGACGAGGCCAUCAUGAAGUAUGCCAAGUAGCUGUGACGAGCCGUUGUUGUGCUGAGGAGGGAUAUCCUCUGAGGUGCUGUGGUGAUGCCCUCAUAGAACUCCAUCGUCACCGUCGUCGUCAGUAGUGGUUUUAAUUGUUCUGUCAUUUCUGAAGGUUCUGGUUGCUGUGGCUCGGCCGGGAAUUUCUUCUCUA